AUGAGUCGAAAAAAUCGUAACCCGCUCUCGAAUCCACUGCAUUAUGCGACACCGCAAGCACAGGUAGGACCGCCUGCCACAUACUCCUCCGCCCAGCGCUUGUUGAAGGGAUAUGACUACGUGAUCAUUGGAGCGGGCGCGGCUGGCUCCGUGUUGGCCAGCAAGCUCUCCGAAGACCCGAAUGUCUCGGUCCUCCUGCUUGAAGCUGGUGGAGAUAAUACCGGCGUCACGGAGAGCAAAAUGCCCUUGGGUUUCGGAAAGCUCCUCCACACCGAACAUGACUGGAAUUAUUAUACCGUUGAGCAGCCUGGCCUUGCGUCGCGUCGUCUGUACUGGCCUCGAGGUCGCUUGAUCGGUGGUAGCACAUCGAUUAACGCGAUGAUGUACCAUCAUUGCUCAAAGUCCGACUUUGAUGAGUGGGCGUCUCAUUAUGGAUGCCAGGGCUGGAGCUAUGAUGACCUGGCGCCAUAUUUCAAGCGUAUGGAGCGCUUUACUCCAAAUCCAAACCGUCCACGCAUUGACCUGCAGCAUCGGGGCAAUGCGGGCGAGUGGCAGACCGGGUAUUCGUGGCUCACUGAGAUAGGCGAAAAGGGGUUUUUACCUGCCUGCUACGAUGUCGGAAUCCCAGCAGUCGAGGAUAUCAACACGCCGGGGGGGACUCUGGGUGCGACUCGAUUCCAGACCUUCAUUGAUUCCAACGGACAGCGAUCGUCCUUGGCGACGGCAUACUUGACACCGGAAGUCAGGAAGCGGCCGAACCUCUUCAUCGCAUGCCAUGCUCAUGUUACCAAGCUUCUUUUUGACCGGCUCAGUGGUGAUGAGCCGACUGCAAUGGGAGCGGAGUUUCAGAAGCAGCGAGAAGGAGAGCUCUUUGAAGUCCAUGCACGCAGAGAGGUUAUCCUCAGCGGCGGGGCGGUUAACACGCCGCAGCUGUUGCUUUUGAGUGGUAUUGGCCCUAGGGAUGAACUGGAAAAGCAUGGUAUCCCCGUUGUCCGUGCCAACGAUGCCGUAGGGAAAAACCUCAAAGAUCACUUGGUGACAACUACCGUGAUGUGCAAGGCGAAGGCGGGCACCACCCUCGACUAUCUUGGCAGCCCUCUGAGGGCUUUCCCGUCCUUGGCUCGAUGGAUGCUUCUGGGAGGAGGUCCCCUGACCAACAAUGUGGGCGAAACAGCAGCAUUCAUUCGAUCAUGGGAGCACCACCCGUUCCCAGGAUCGUCGUCGGAGCGCAACCCCCCGAAGGAUUAUACCUCGGGUUCAAUUGGGCCAGAUGUGGAGAUCAUUGGCGCACCAACCGGGUUCAUCCAUCAUGGUGAAGAGCCACCCAUGGAUGGAGCCAGUGUAUUCACCCUCGCCCCGAUCAGUCUGCGUCCGCAAAGCAAGGGAACAAUCACCCUUAAGAGCAGGGACCCCUUUGACCAUCCCAUAAUUGAUCCCAAGUACUUCAGUGACGAAGAGGGUAAUGACCGCGCUGUUCUCUUGGCAGGGGUGCGCGUCUGCCUCCGGAUCAUGCGCAGCCCUGUGUUUCAGAAAUAUCUCGAGCGCGUGCCAGUUAAUGACGACCCCUGGUCAUACUGGUGGCCAUACUCCAGCAGCGACAUUGAUCGCAUCACAGAUGACCAACUUCUUCGCUGGAUGGAUGAAAAGGCCUUUACACUGUACCACCCCGUCGGCAGCGCACGGAUGGGGACCUCUCCGGAGAACAGCGUGGUCGAUGUACAGUGCCGAGUACAUGGUGUCAAACGCCUGCGGGUGAUGGAUGCCAGUGUGUUCCCGGAGCAAAUCAGUGGGCAUCCCACUGCACCUAUUGGGGCUAUGGCCUACAAGCUCAGUGAUAUGAUCAAGCAGGACUCUGCCACAGCGGGGCCCCCUCAUGCACGCUUGUGA